AUGGAGACGUUCCAAUGUACGAUUAUUUACGCAUAUUUACUUAUAUCAACAACAAUCUUCUUGUCUUUGCCAAUACUAUCUCACGCGACAAAACACUUCAAUGUGCUGAGCUUCGGAGCUAAACCUAACGGUAUGGUUGAUUCAGCUACAACUUUUGCCAAGGCAUGGGAUGCAGCGUGUAGUUCGACGGAUGCUGCGGUUAUAUACGUACCCAAAGGACGAUAUCUUGUUAGCCCAGUUCGUUUCAGCGGUGAAAGUUGCAAGAGCCUGGAUAUUGUUUUCAGGAUCGAUGGGACGCUUGUUGGUUCGGGGGACUAUAACUUUCUUGGGCGAGACGAAACAUGGUUCAGCUUUGAAAGAGUCACUGGAGUUUCUGUUAUCGGUGGUUCUUUCGACGCUAAGGGACCUUCGUUGUGGGCUUGCAAGGCCUCCUCCAACAACAGCUGUCCACCUGGUGCUACGACAAUGAGUUUUGUGGAGUCAAGUAGAAUCAGGGUGAAGGGAUUAUUGUCAUUGAACAGCCAAAUGUUCCACAUUGUCAUCAACAGAUGCCGUGAUGUUAAGAUCAACGAUAUUCGGAUCGUGGCGGAUGGAAAAAGCCCGAACACAGAUGGCAUUCAUGUCCAACUAUCAACUGAUGUUGAAAUUCGUAACGCUUCCAUCAAAACUGGUGACGAUUGUAUCUCCAUUGGCCCCGGAACCAAGAACUUGUGGGUCGAACGAGUCACAUGUGGCCCUGGUCAUGGAAUCAGCAUUGGGAGCUUGGGAAAGGAUAGAGAAGAGGAAGGGGUACAAAAUGUGACUGUGAAGAAGACAGUUUUUGUAGGAACAGACAAUGGAUUAAGAAUUAAGUCAUGGGCUAAUCCAUCAUCCGGUUUUGUUCAGAGGGUUCGAUUCUUAGAGUCUCUUAUGUUCAAUGUCAAGUUUCCUCUCAUCAUUGACCAACAUUAUUGCCCUCAUAACAUAAACUGUCCUUCUCAGGAAUCAGGAGUGAGGAUAAACGAUGUGAUAUAUCAAGGCAUAAGAGGAACAUCAGCUACAAAAAUUGCGGUGAAAUUGGAUUGCAGCGCUAAAGCUCCAUGCACACGUAUUCGAAUGAAGGACAUUAGUCUGAGAUAUGUUAAUGAAUCUGCACAAUUUUCGUGUGUCAAUGUUCUUGGAGAUGCACCUGGUUUGGUCAAGCCUCAAACCUGCUUCUGA